CCGGGGGUGUUACUGUGCUGUAAAGAUGCAUACACCUGUCAGAGCUAUGCACACUGAGUAUCACUAAGCUAAACAGAACGCUUUAGAUUAGUCCAUAGGUAAGGUGUGACAAAGUAUUGGCACCCCCUUCACAGCAGUGUUAAGGGUAAAGGGGUGCCAAUACUUUGUGCAGCGCUGAUGUAAGAGUGUGUCUAACAAGUCAGAAUAUGUACCAAACCUCUGUCCAGGCUAACGAGAGGAAGCUGGUUAGAUUUCACGUGAAUAGAAACCGAAAGUAAAGCAUGCGCGAGACCUGUGAAAGUUCCCAGGAGUUCUUUUCUCUCUCUCUCUCUCUCUCUCUCUCUCUCUCUCUCUCUCUCUCCAUGAUGACCCCUGAGGUUGUGUUCGUCCUGGGUGGACCUGGGGCAGGAAAAGGCACUCAGUGCUCCAAGAUUGCUGAGUACUACAGCUACACACACCUCUCCGCCGGACAGCUGCUGAGAGAAGAGCGCAGACGUCCAGACUCCGAGUUCGGCCGGAUCGUCGACAGCUGCUUCGAGCGAGGAGAGUUCGCUCCUGUGGAGAUCACCAUCGCCUUACUGAGAAGGGCGAUGGAGGAGACCAUGCAGACCGACCAGAACAAGUUCCGCUUCCUCAUCGAUGGAUUUCCUCCGAACCAGGAGAACCUGCAGGGCUGGAUGAAGGUCAUGGACAAAGCAGAGGUCAAGUUCGUGCUUUUUCUGGACUGCAGUAAUGAAGUCUGUGUCAGAAGAUGUCUGGAAAGAGGAAAGAGCAGUGGAAGAGAUGAUGACAAUAAAGAGAGCUUGCAGAGAAGGGUCCGGACAUACCUGCAGUCCACACGACCGGUCAUCCAGCAGUACGAGGAGCAGGGGAAAGUGCGCACCAUCGACGCCUCGCGCUCCAUCACUGAGGUUUUCUCUGAUGUGAAGUCAGUCUUCAACACUGAGGGAUGAAGCUCCCAAAUGUCUAUUAUUAUUAUUAUUAUUAUUAUUUAUUCACAUGUAGGAUUUUUGUGUAAGAGUGAGUGUGUGUGUGUGUGUGUGAGUGUGUGUGAGUGUGUGUAUUCUGCAUCUGUAAGUCUA